GGCCCACCCCAGGGCAUUCCCCAAGGGCACCCUCGGCCGUCCCGCCCCACUCCCUUGAUGUACUAUGCGGUUUCCCAGGCUCGCGUGAACGCGGCCCCCACGACCAUGCUGCGGCCACAGAGGCCCGGAGAUGUGCAGCUCGGGGCCUCCGUGUAUGAGCUAGUGGGCUACCGGCAGCCGCCCUCCUCUUCCUCCACGUCCUCGUCUUCCACGCCGGUCCCCCUCCUCCCCAAGGCGGGGCGCGAGAAGCCAGAGGCACCGGCCGAGUGUCGGGGCUCUGGGUCGGGGCUGGGUGCGUACACGGGCGCCAGGACGGACGCCAAGGAGGAGCAGCAGCAGCAACUGCGCCGCAAGAUCAACAGCCGCGAGCGGAAGCGCAUGCAGGACCUGAACCUGGCCAUGGACGCGCUGCGGGAGGUCAUCCUGCCCUACUCGGCGGCGCACUGCCAGGGCGCGCCGGGCCGGAAGCUCUCCAAGAUCGCCACGCUGCUGCUCGCCCGUAACUACAUCCUGCUGCUGGGCAGCUCGCUGCAGGAGCUGCGCCGCGCCCUGGGAGAGGGCCACCAGCCCGCCGCUCCGCGCCUGCUGCUGGCCGGCCUGCCGCUGCUCGCCGCCGCGCCGGGCUCGGUGCUGCUGGCGCCCGGCGCCGUGGGGCCCCCGGAUGCGCUGCGCCCCGCCAAGUACCUGUCCCUGGCGCUGGACGAGUCGCCCUGCGGCCAGUUCGCACUCCCAGGCGGCGGCGCUGGGGGCAGCUCGGGCGGCCCGGGCCUCUGCACCUGCGCUGUCUGCAAGUUCCCUCACCUGGUUCCCGCCGGCUUGAGCCUGGCGGCCGCGCAGGCACAAUUUUCCAAGUGAAGGAGGCCCGGGCCCGGCCUGGGGGCGCGCCUCAGCCCGGCCUCCUGCCUUGCUUCUCUGCGCCCCAGCGCCCCCGGGAGAGCGGGGCCCGAGAGAGGAGGACAUUGGGAACCUUCUGGCCCAGAGGCAGGGACAAUCGGCACUCCAGUGGUCGCCCUCACCCUCAGAAAAUUAAAGGGACAUGAGCGGAUGUACCCCCAAGCUUUGGGACGCUUUAGGGGUCUGAGUUGAUUCCAGCUGCUUCGAUCGGGAAGCGCGCAUCCCCUUCCGGGAGUUGUGCGUUCUCCGCGCCGGUGUGGCUCUUAAGGCGCCGUGGCUGGGCGGCCGGGUUGUUCAGCUCGACCUACUUGGGGCCUGAGGCCAGCCCACCGCGCGACCUUCCCGGGGACUCCGCACUUCCGCCCCCACGGGCAUUACCUGCUUGACAGGGGUUCAGGGUUGAAAUCUGAAGCCUUCACCGGGGGCCGCAGGUGGCAAGCACUUUUGUUCCCACCGGUCAAGUCCUAUCAGAGGAAGCUAGACUUCAAGUUGCCUGAAGAAAGACCAGUUAGUCGUGCCGGCCGGCAAGAGCGUUGCAGAAGGACAGACAGACGCUGGGUGGUAUUGGCAUUGCAGUGGUGCGCUGACUACUCUCACUCGGGCCUUGGAGGGUGGUGGGUUGGAGAGCCGGUCCGCUUCCGCACGCGGGCUGUUCAGAGUGCUAUUUUGGAGAAUCGCGUGACCAGGUGCUUUCGGGUGGAGUCUGUUGACUCCUGCGAUUUUAGGAAGUCGGUUUAGAACUCGAGAUUUUGCCCCUUUCCCCUCCCAAGGUAGCGUAACCAGCAGUUGAGCUUGUUUAGAAACAAAACCAACGCUUCCCACGCACACGGCGCUCCCAGUUAACUAAAAUCCGUAACAAGGCAUUCAGCGGUUGAGGGCUGGUCCGGAGCAGGACCGCCAUCACCCUGCUUUCGCGUUGGAGGACAAGGACUGCACUCGGAGCCGCAACCGCCGGCCGCCGGGUCUGGAACCAGGGAGCCUGGCACUUCUUCUCACGGCGGCGUUGUCCUGGGGAAACGAAGUAAAUCACACGGUUUGAUUUGUUUACAGAUGUUAACAAAUUAGUCUGCACAAGAUUAUGUUACGAUCUUACAGAAAUUUGCUUUGAUUCGUGUGUGUGUUGUGUGUUUAAGGGUUUGUUGUGGGGUUUUUUUUUGGUGGUGGUUGUCGGUCGUAUCCGAACUUAACUGGCAGUUAAUUUUAUCUCUAACUUCGGCUGUGCGGAAUCCACAAAAUAAAUAAUUGAAAAGCC